AUUGCCCAGCAUGGUUAGGACUUAUUUUAUUUAGGGUUUUUGACAGGGUGGUGAAGAUUUAUUAGGGUUUUUUUGCGAGUUACAGACGGGCAACUUCAAUCAACAAUGGCGGAGCGGUCAGCAAUUACACUGGGAGGCAAGGGCUUCUCUCUCUCCGCCAGGUCUGUCUACACAAUAGCCACCGGCAUUCAUCAAGUGCGAAUCGACUCGUCUGUGCUCGAUCGACUCUCUAAUCAAAAUCAGUCAUCUCUUUUAAAAUCUCCAUUUCCUGUACCCAAAACGCUUACUCUAGAAGAAACCCGCGCUGCCCUAACUGUUCUUCUUAACAAGCUGCUGCUAUCGACUCCUUCCUCUAUCCGUACGGUUAUUCCGUUUCAUAUAUCCGAAACAUUGAAUUCGAAGCCCGAAUCCUUAGAUCUCCAAUCCGUUGACGUGAAUGAAACGGAAAAUGUUGUGUUUGGAAGAUCAUUUGCUUCUCUGACCGGCAUUUGCGCAAUUUUGGAUCACAAAACGACGGCUCUGACUGCCAUUAUAGACGCCGUUGCAGCUCUGUCAUGCGAAACAUCGAAAGGUGACGUGGCAUCAUUUGGUUCUUUGGAUUCUGGUGAUGGGUACGGUGAUAAGGAAGCGAUUGGAGUUGCUAGUGAUUUGAAGGUUUUGCUCAACGGGUCUAAGUUGGUGGGUAAAAUUAAGAGUGAAACAAUUUUGAAAAUUCCCAAAAUAAAUGGGAAACUGAGGGAAGUAGUGAAGCAGUUACAUUCCUCAACUCGGAUAGAAUUGAAUUCGGGCGUGAAAGGGAACUUCGGGACAGGGGAGGCCGUGGGCACAUCCUUGUCCCCGCUUUCUGUAGCUCUCCGGAGCUUGGGUGAGGGUUGCUUGUCUCGUGCAAAGUUGAAUUUGGAAUCGAUUGAAAAUGAGAGCUUGAAAAUUAUUAUGGUGGCUAAGUUUGAGAAGGAUUGCCCGAGCAGCUAUGAUUUGAAGAACAAGUUUAAAGUAGCUGCUGAUGCACUUUUUGAGGAGGAUUACACUAACUUUGCCCACGGGGUUAAUGGAUUGUUAGAAAUUGUGUGGAAAACUGUGGCGUGGGAGGCAGUGACUGCGUUUUUUUCUCUCGAGGGUGCUGAGUUGAUGAAGGACAAGGACAUUCAAGGUGUUGACCUCAAUAACGCAGAUGCAAAGGUAGACAGGAAGAGUGAAAAGAAGAAGAAGAGUGAGAAAAAGGUGGUUUUGGGAAAAGGGACUAGUGCGAUAGUGCUGUAUAUCAAGGAUAGAUUGUUGAACAAAGGAGCAAUUAUAGGUGAUAAUUUAGAUGUGUUGAAUAGAUUGGUGGAGGAUCUUUUGCUGUUUUUCGAUCCAAAAGAUCCCGGGUUUGAUUGCUUGCUGGAGAAAGUGAAGGAUAUUGUGGAAAGCAAUGAAAGCAGAAGACUUCCCAAGCUUCCAAAGGGUACCCGUGAUUUUGCAAAAGAGCAAAUGGCAAUAAGAGAGAAAGCAUUUUCAACCAUAACUGAGGUUUUCAAGAGGCACGGUGCUAUGGCCCUUGAUACUCCUGUUUUUGAGUUGAGAGAAACCCUUAUGGGAAAGUAUGGGGAAGAUUCGAAGUUGAUUUAUGAUCUUGCUGACCAGGGUGGGGAGCUUUGUUCUCUACGAUAUGAUUUAACUGUUCCUUUUGCUAGAUAUGUGGCUAUGAAUGGUAUCACUUCUUUUAAAAGGUAUCAAAUAGCUAAAGUUUACAGAAGGGAUAACCCAUCAAAAGGAAGAUAUCGUGAAUUUUAUCAAUGUGACUUUGAUAUUGCUGGCCAAUUUGAAAAGAUGGGUCCAGACUUUGAGAUCAUUAAGAUUUUGACAGAGCUCCUUGAUGAACUAAACAUUGGGGACUAUGAGGUAAAAUUGAAUCAUAGGAAGUUGCUGGAUGGUAUGUUGGACAUAUGUGGAGUGCCCCCUGAAAAGUUCCGAACUAUUUGUUCUAGUAUUGACAAGCUAGACAAGCAAUCAUUUGAGCAAGUCAAAAGGGAAAUGGUGGAGGAGAAGGGUUUAUCUGUAGAGACAGCAGAUAGAAUUGGCACUUUUGUGAAGGAAAGGGGAGCUCCUCUAGAAUUAUUAUCAAAGCUUAGACAGAAGGGGAGCAAGUUUUUGGAAAACAGUUCAUCUGCUGAAGCAUUGAAUGAUUUAAAUGUACUAUUUGAAGCUCUAGAGAGGUCCAAGUGUAUUGACAAAGUGGUGUUCGAUUUAAGUCUUGCUAGAGGACUUGAUUAUUAUACCGGAGUUAUAUUUGAAGCUGUCUUUAAAGGGGGCAUGCAGGUUGGUUCAAUUGCUGCUGGUGGACGUUAUGACAAUCUUAUAGGAAUGUUUGGUACGAGGCAGGUUCCUGCAGUUGGUGUAAGUCUUGGGAUUGAGCGAGUAUUUAAUAUAAUGGAAGACCUUCACAAGCAGCAGAACCAGGUAUUUCCACACCAAAUUCAAUAUUUUUUUCUUGUAUAUAAUGCAUAACACACACUUGAUUGA